CUGCGUAUUCUUCCAGAGGAAGUUUGACGCCAGACGUUAAAGUAUCGGUUCGUUGGUGGGGAAAUAAAAUAGCGGCCCUUGGGGUGAGCUACUCUGAAAACCGGAUAAAACUGAUAAAAUAUGACCAGAGGAAAUCAGCGUGAACUUGCUCGCCAGAAACACGCCAAGAAGCAAACUGACAUGAACAAGGGCAAGAGAAACGAUGAUGGUUUAUCUGCCGCUGCCAGAAAGCAGAGAGAUGCAGAAAUAAUGCAACAGAAACAAAAGAAAGCCAAUGAGAAAAAGGAUUCUAAAGCAAAAUAGUACGGCGACAACGGCAAACCCGUCACCAUUGGUGUCAUUAGGCUGUAUUGGGGAUUUUUGUUUUGCGCGUCUAGAUUCCACAGUAUCAAUGUUCUUGUGUUCUUUUCUCUUAGAACAUUUUAUACUGUACUGAUUUUGGUUGAUUGGGUAAUUCAUUGUGCACAGGUCUUUUCUUGAUCAGUAUUUACAAUGUAAAAAAGAAUAGGCUACUCAUCUUGGAACUACAUAGUUUUCUUUUAAUAUCCAUUUCUUGAAAUUGCUAAAUAAAGUGUAAAUCAAAAUCAAAGAGGAUAUUUUGAAAUACA